AUGCCUCCCAAGCGCGUGAGAACUGUCGAGGGCUCGUGCUGGCCGUUGUCCUCGCUGUUCUCGCUGCACCACCGAAGGUCGAUCUUGCGGCUAUGGCAAAGACUCCGCCUGCGCUGGUGCAAUGGGGUCGCCGCACGAGGCCGGUUUGCGGGACAUAAUCUUCCAAUUCUCGAUGUCAACGAUCGUAAAGGAGAAGGGGAGGACAAAGAAAGACAAGAGCUGGCAAUUGGGCGAAGGAGAGGGGAGGAUAGGAAAGGCAGCUUCUCCUCCGCUCUGCCGUCGCUCCGCCCCGGCAAUAGUCUGGUGUCCGCCUCCCCGAUGACAGCGGAGGAGUUGAUGCUCUAUUUUGAACACGAGGUUGUGGAUGGCUUCAAUAUCUCCCCCGAUCGCAUUCGGGUGGACCUGCUGUCCGUCUAUAAGGAUCCCGCUCUGCGCCAGUCGGUCACCGCUGUCGCCAACGCUCACCACUUUCUCUACCUGCAGCAGAGUCCCCGCGAUGCUGCCCUGGCGAAGAAGAAAGCCCGUCUGGAGGCCAUCCAGGUUUUCCGGAAACAAUUGCUAAACCCUGACCUUCACCGGACAUGUCCGUCCACCUUCGAUCUCUUCGUUACCAACGUGCUCUUGUGCAUCCUGGACGGCGUGAUCGAUCCGAAUGACGAAGGCACGGACACCUACUGGCACUUCCACGGUGGACGGGCAAUUCUGAGCCAGUGGAAGCUGCAGGAGCAAUUAUUUCAGCAGAAAAAGGGUCUACCAGCAUUAAUGCUCUCCGUUUUUGCUACGAUGGAUCUGACAUAUGCGCUGUUAAGCGGACAAGACCCCUACUUUCAUCAUUCUACGUGGGCCAGCUUUGCCCGCUCCGAGGGCUGGUGGGGAACGCUGCCCGCGGGCGAUCCUUUCCUGGAGCUCAUGGCCAUCCUGUCGCGGUUGGCGCAUCUGGGCCAUGUCAUAUAUGGAACGGGGCAGCUUCCGUCUAGGAGUGAGGUACAGGCUCUUCUGGCGACGUUGCGAGGGCACAACAUUGUUGUUGAGCAGCAGGAGGAAGAGUAUAACUUCUCUCCUAUUGGGGAGCGUCACUCUGCCCUAUCAUCUUCUCCCCUUCUGUCACCAUCUUUGAUGAAGGCCAUGGAGACAGCAGAACCUGUAGAUCGGGAUCAAUCGUGGGCCAUCUUCUGCAACGCGUAUCGUCUCGCCGGCCUAGUUUACAUUUACCGUGUCCUCCACGGGCUCGACGUUAUACAUCCGCUCGUUCAGCAGGCGACUGCUUUGGGCGUUCAGGCCAUCUGUGGAGUGCGCCUGACGGGAAAAUUGUCGCAUUGUCUGCUCUUCCCGAUGGUGGUGAUUGGAAGCCACUGCCGGACGGCAGAGCAGCAGAUGGCGAUCCGUGCGACGUUGGGGUCGACAGCUUCCUUUCUUCACUUUGGAUCUCUGCGCAUCAUGCAGAAUUUUCUCCAAGGCAGUGGGAACGAGGAGCGGCAGCGGUGGAUUGGUGGGAAUGUUUCGAUGACAUCUCGCGGAAAACCUUUUUGUUUUGAGGUUCUACCCAUGCCUCCAACCCGUAACAGCUCCGUCAUUGGCCCUGCGGGGCACAAACCUGGGGAAGCAGGUGAAGACAACCCUAUCGCGCUAGAACCGUGA